AUGCCUUACACAGUAGCCUUCUUCGGGGCAACGGGUGGCUGCACCAAUGCCUGCCUCACCCAUCUCCUGCUAUCUUCCGACUACAAAGCAAUUGCUCUGGUACGCACCCCUCAAAAAUUGAUCGACUCUUUGAAAAGACAACCCGGUAUCACAGAUGCCAUCCUUGCCCAGAAACUCAGUAUUGUCCAGGGAGAUGCUACGGAUGUUGCAACCGUGAAAAGAACGCUUCUAUUUCAAGGUGAUGGCCACGCCAACUCGACACCAAAACUGGUGGAUGCAAUUAUUUCUGGGAUUGGCGCCUACCCUCGCCAACAGACCACCACGACACUGGUCUCUGCCUUACGGGAAAUAUACGCUGAGCAGCAACAACAAGAAAAUAAACCCGUCGUGACGGUGAUUUCGACCACGGGUCUCGCUUCACCUGCAGGCGCCAAGGAAGAUGUCCCUAUUGGCCUGAGGACGCUCUAUCACUCAUUACUCGCGGAACCACACAAGGACAAGAAAAGAAUGGAGGAGAUUCUGAGCGACAAGGAGAAUUCGGCUCUUUUCCGUGGUGUCGUCAUUGUGCGCCCUACCUUAUUGAAAGGGGAUGGCAUUGUCCAAUCGAAGGAUGCCAGCUCCAAGACCGUGAGGGCUGGUACGGAGUUUGAGCCUGUUACUGGGUACACUAUUUCGAGGGCGGAUGUUGGCCGGUGGAUUUGGAAGAAUAUGUUGUUGAGUGAGGACCGCGGGGAGAAGUGGAUUGGACGAAGGGUUUCUUUGGCCUAUUGAUUGCUCUAUCGCCCCCAGGCCGUCCAUGGAUUUGGCGAUUGUUAUAUAAAUGGUAAAUGCAUGCUCUGCUUGGGCAUUUUGCUUGUAACUAAUAUUGUUGGAUCAGCUAAGCUGAUCCAGCCAAUAAGAGCGAGCCACACACACUGAUCCACCGAAUAGGGGGUAAAAAGAUAUCUUCCACCUUUACUGUACUUAGAGACAAGAACAAUGACAACAAGGAUCAAGGAUUCCA